AUCAGUGGAGGUUGGUCCAUGAGGGCAGUCAGGGCGCUGCCCCGCCAACCUCCGUUCUGCCCUCAGCCAGCCUGCCUUUUUACUCACAACCAUUCCAGAGGGUGCCCUGCCUGUCUGCUUAGUCUCAGCGUUGCGCCCUCAGGGAGGAGGAGGAGGGGGCAAAACAAGAACUGGUCGGCCCUGCCUGUCAUUGGCUCCGGCUCCACCUGCCUGUCAUUGGCUCCCCGCCUUCCGCCCCAGGCACCAGCCCCCACUGCUGUUAAUUGCAGAUUUAUAAAUGAACUUAAUUAAAUUGAGCCAAAACUGCCACUCGUCACGGAACUGGCUUUUUUUCAAGCAAGAGUGAGCAAAUAGUGGAACACCUGGACAACAGGCGUGUCUUUGAGCAUGUGCAGAGUGCUGUCGUUACUCGGCCACUUGAAACUAGGAACAGGUGUCGCUGUUCUCUCUGUUUGGGCUCCCGCAACAUCGUCAGCGUUUCUGAACCUGGUGUUGAUAUUCUCGAAAAGCGCAUGCGUGGUGUAUGGCGGAGGGGUGGACUGCUUUGGUUACCCAUCUGAAGGGGAAAGAGCUCCUCGGGAAGCCGCCUCGCGUGAGGACAAGAAGGCGGAGGAACGUCCACUUCCAGGCAUUUUCUUCCAGCUCAGGAUGUGGAAACUGAGCCCAGCAACUGAUACCGCGCCAGGACAGCCAUAUCACCUUUUAGUUGGUGUUGAGUAUGUUGUCGGGCGUAAGAAUUGUGCAAUUUUAAUUCAAGAGGAUCAGUCAAUCAGCCGAAGCCAUGCAGUUCUUUCAGUUAGUCACCCUCAAAUGAACCUUAGUCAGUCUUCUGCAUUUCCUGUGUUAACAUUAAAAGACACCUCUAAAUAUGGUACCUUUGUUAAUGAGGAAAAACUACCAAAUGGUAUUACUAGAACAUUGAAAUCUGGUGACAGAGUCACGUUUGGAGUCUUUGAAAGCAAGUAUAGAGUAGAAUAUGAGCCUUUGGUUGUGUGCUCUUCAUGCUUAGAUGUUUCACGGAAAAGUGUUUUAAACAAAAAUAUUCUUCAGCUGGGAGGCCACGUAGUGAAUGAGUGGAAAGAAGAAUGUAGUCAUCUUGCCAUGGUCUUGGUCAAAGUUACUGUUAAGACAAUAUGUGCCUUGAUUUGUGGUCGACCAAUUGUGAAGCCAGAAUAUUUUGCUGAGUUAAUCAAAGCAAUUCAGGCAAAGGAACAGUUACCAGCACCUGAAAGUUUUUAUCCUCCGAUUGAUGAGCCAAGUAUUAAAUGUGAAAAAUUAGAUCUGGCCACUGGUCCUGUAAGAAAAACUAUCUUCAAAGGGAAAACUUUUGUGUUUCUAACUGCUAAGCAGUUUGCAAAACUGAGUCUAGCAAUUAAACUUGGAGGAGGAGAAGCAAAGCUGAUGACUGAGGAAGCGGAAGUUACUUUUUUUCCAGCAUCUGAUGUUUGUGUCAUUGAAGUAGGACUGACAAACUCUCAAGCAUCAAUUUCUGACUUAGAGAAGAAAUGGAUGGAUACAAUCACAGCUGUCUUGCAAAGGAAGAAAUGCAGGACAAUUUCUGAGGCAGAAAUUGGUCUAGCAGUUAUCUUUGCAUCCACAGAAAGAUAUUGUAAUCCUCAAACUCCACUUGAUACAGGUGUAAAACCUGCUAUUUCAGCACGAGUUGUUCCAGGACCAAGCCUUUCUCAUAACGUAGUUGUAGAUGAAACUGUAAUGGCCACCAUUGCAGAUGACAUCGCUGCAUACGUAGCUGACACAGAGAUGGACCAACCGAUGGACACAUGUGUGGAAAUAGAAGGAGAGAAGAGAAAUAAAGGAACUCCUAUAAGGGACCCAAGAAGAAAAACUCAUCCACAGAAUAUAACUACUGUUAAGGAGACACCAGCAGGAACUGGCACUGUAAAUGUGGGCACUACGUUAUCCAGGCUGAAUACAAGGCCUGGGACCGGCGAGAGUAGCCUGUCAUUCUCUCCCUCUAAAAUGUCAGGGAAUAACAGAAAUAAAGGGGGAGAAUUUCACCAACAGUUGAACUCAAUCAAAAAUUACUUUCAGACAGCUAUUAAAAAAAGGGAAAGGGAUGAGGUUGGAGAAACAUCAGUGACUAAAUAUGCAAAGAUAGAGGAGAAGUCAUCGCAGGCUUCUAGUCAUACACAGCCUGUAACUUCCUUGCUGAGGGAAAGCAGUGCAGGAGGAUCUCAAAAGGGGCCACGUACCUUGGACCAGAAAACAAAUGAGUCCUACACAGGUGGAAGUAGGAAGUCUAUCUUAGAGAAGAGCCAAUUAGAAAAUAAUAAUAAUGAAAAUAUUUAUGCAUCAAAAAAGAGAAAAGAAUUGAAUGACUCAGUAGAAGACGAAGCAUCAUUAGAAGUGGUCUUUGCGAGCCAAGAGCUGGAUUGGGAAGAGGAUGUAGGACAUGAUGGUGAAGGAAGUGCUGAGGGUGCAAAGAAGAAAAGGAAAUUGGAAACUAAAGAAGAGAAUUCAACAGACGAGGCACAGAGACUUUUGCAAGAAAAUAAGCAGUCACUUCCAAAUUUAAACCAGAAACAAGAGAUAAAAGAAGAAUCACCAGGCUCUGUAAAGAAUGACGCAAAUAAUCCUGAUAAAUGUGCAGGUGAUUCCAGCAAUCUACCCAGCAGGCUGUUGCUGACUGAAUUUAGAUCAUUGGUUGUUAGUCAGCCAAGGAAGGACGGUCAUUGCACUGCAAAAACAGAUUAUGGACAUCUGAACAACUUUAAACAGUUUAAAAAGGUAGCUUAUCCCGGAGCAGGACAACUUCCACACAUUAUUGGGGGAUCAGAUCUGAUAGCUCAUCAUACUAGAAAGAAUUCCGAGAUGGAAGAAUGGUUGAAGCAAGAAAUGGAGGAACAGAGCCGCCAUGCAAAAGAAGAAUCGCUUGCAGAUGACCUCUUUAGGUAUGAUCCCCAUGUGAAAAGAAGAUAAGAUGUGCCUUGAAUUAAACCUACAGCAGAAAGAAAAACUUUCCUGGUGUGCUUGAUGGCAGUAAAUUGCAGCAUGAUAGAGUUAAUUUCACAUUGAUCAUACCUCCUGAAAACCUGCUUUUCAUAUUGAAGAAAUUAUGUUUCUGGUUACAAUACUUAACAGUACUUCAAACACGUUACAGCUCAUAAUGGAUCCAGUCAUUAUCUGACCACAACUCGAAUGACUAAUCCAGGCAGAUUUUGUAAUGCUUAUCUCAAUACAAAGCUAGCAUUAGAAUCCAAACUAGAGUAAAAUCUAAUGCUGUUCAUACCCUCCUACCUUUUUGCUGCUCUGGCAGCAGAGAAAAAGAAUCUCUCUGACAUCCCCUUUCUAGUGACUCUGUUGUAGAUGCAUGCUUCAAUGGCUACUGAUCCAUGUCAGCAACAUUCUGGAAACGACAUCUAGCAUUACUUCUGGCAUGCAGCCAUGGGGGGGAGCCUCCCUUCACUGCCCCUGUUGAAGCCUCAACAAAGAUAAAUGUAGGGGACUUGGGAGGACAUAGGAAGAUGGGUGAGAGUGUUGGAUGUCCAUGACAUGGAGGCAGGAGGAAUUGGACCCUGUUGCACACCCAAUGAUAUCAAGGGCAAAUUGGGUUUGAAAAGAAGAAGUUCAGAGUCCAGUUCUCAAACUUACUAGAGAGAGUUUGCCUAUCACUACUUACAGCACAUAAAGCCUUUAAAAUUCAUUUUCAAAAUGCAUUUUGGGGCAUUAUUCUUUACCCAGCCCUUUGUUUUUAUUAGAGCAAAUUAGUGGAAGGUGACACAAUUUCUUUUUUAAAAAACUCAUUUUAGCAUAUUUUUUUUAUAUCUUAUCAGAAUUUUACAAAAGGACAGUGUGGAAUUUGUAGCAUGGAUUUAAGUAUUGGUGACUUCUGUACCAUUUUGCACUUCUCAAAUUGGCUUUGAUCCUUUUAGUACAUUAAACUAUUCAUCUCUGUGUUAAUGAAGAAAUCUUUUCUUGGAGUAUUUCGUUCUCAUAAUUUCAAUGUUUACAAUGUAGAGCAGCUAUUGAGGCAGGAUAUCUUCAAAAUUGCCUAUUUUGUCUAAGCAGCCUUACAGCUAUUUGGGGUCUUUUAUAUGAGGCAGCAAGCAGCUGGUAUAGCACAGUGGGGAGAAGAGCCUGGCUGGGAGUCCAGAGUCUGUGAGUUCAAAUCGCUGCUUGUGUCUCCUGGGUGUCAAGGUCCAGCUAAAGAUCACAGGGAGUGGCUCAGGGGUUAUGUGCCCUUCCACCUGUGCAGCCGUGGGCAAGCUGCAGAGUCCGAAGGAGCCCAGUUGCCCCCCAGCUGGCAGUUGCGGACAAGGAAGGGGCUGGCUUGUGCAGCUAUGGCAAGCUGAGCAGGCCCUAGCCAGCUGGGGAGGACUAGCCUCAGAAGGAGGCAAUGGUAAACUCCCUCUGAAUACCACUUACCAUGAAAACCCUAUUCAUAGUGUAGCAUAAGUCGGGAUCGACUUGAAGGCAGUCCAUUUCCAUUAAUUGCUGUAAACUGCCCAGAGAGCAGUAUAUAAACGUGAUAAAUAAGUAAAUAAAUAAAUUUCCAUAUGAAGUGGCAAGCUUCAGCCUGAAAUCUAUCAUACUUCUGUUAAACCCAAGGAAAGUAAAACAGACUUUGGAUUUAGGAAUGUUUAGUGUCAGUGUGAGAAUUUGGUGCAGACUCCAUGUCUGCUCCACUACAUGUUUGUCUGAGAACAUGGCUUAGCCAAACUACUUGCAACUGAUGGUGCAUUUUAAGAGUCUAAAGCAGCCUCCUCCAUCCAGACGUUUUUGGACUUCUGUUCCCGUCAUCCUCAGCAAUCAUGAUCAAUGGUCAGGAAUGACUGGAGUUGUAGUCCAACAUAUCUCACAGGCACCAGGUUGGAGGAGGCUGGCCUAAAUAAUCAAGAUGAUACAAAAUAAACAGAAUUUGUUUCAUUCUUCCAUUCAGUUCUGGCUCCCGAUGCUGUGGAAAGUAGUCUUAAAUAACCCUUUUUGGGGGUUAGGGAGAAAUAAAAAAAAAAGCUUUGUUUUCCAAAAAUGGCCUUGCAGGACACUUUUCCUUGGAUAGAAAAGGAAAAAUGUAUUUGGGUUCCAGCUGUUUGCUGACUUCUCCCUUAAAAUCCUCCCAGACACAGGUAGGAUGACUAGUGAAUGCUAGAGAAUAGGCUAAGAAAUUACUGCUCCCACAUAAAUGCUUGGCUUGCAGAAUAUGCACCAGCAUGGGAAAGAGGACAAUAGUUGCAAGUGAUGUAAAACACUUCUCAGUCCAUUCCUGUUAGAAUCAUGAACUUACAUAACAGUUGUAGUCUUCAUUUCCCAUGUAACUUUUUUCCCCAUUGGGAUCACUUCACAUUAGAGGAAAUACUAGUUCAUGUUUAUCCACUGCAUUUCUCCCAGGCCUCAUGACCACCAUAAUGCAAGAAGUGCUAGAAUAGCUAAAAAUAUGAACCCAGGAGCCAUGAAUGACAGAGACAUGGCUCAAUUUCUUCCAUAUUAUGGCAUAUGCCAUAUAGAGAGGGCAAAACUCAUUUUCCUAGAAUUUAAAAGGGAGCCCUGCUGUAUCCCUUUAAGGUGUUAGUUUAAAAGUGGGCAUUGUGUAUCCUGGUUUUUGUGUGUGUGUGAUGGGCUCCUGUGGAGCACAAUAUUCGCAGCAAGGUUUCUUCUGACUGUCUUGUAAAGCAUGAGAGCCUUUGAGGUCAAACGAUUCUUCGUACUAGUUUCAACUUGAGAAACUUUGGUUAAUUCCCUACAAACUGCUCGGUUUGCUAUACAUUUUACGUCGCAGGUAAUACUAACCAUCUUUUGCUGUUAAGCAAUCUAGAAACAUCUCUUUAAAAAUAGUGAGGAAGGAAAUGAGAGUGUCUCUUUUUCCUCCAGUAAAGCAUGUUGUCUGUAAAUACUAUCUGUCACUACUAAAAUUAUUUUCUUUCCUUUUGUUUCCUGUUCUUGGGUAGCUAUUAGCAACGCCCUAGAAAGUGGUUGUCAGUUUUUGUACAAGCUGAUGAGGUCCACACAUUUUUGAAAAGAACUCCCUAGGGGUAAUCUAAUCUUUAUUUCUCUAGACUUAAAGUGAUAAUGACUAAUUUCCCAAACCCCAUGCAUGUAAAUUCUUUUAUUUGUGGUAUAACUUUUCCAUUCAAAAUAAAUACAUAAACUUCA